UGGAGCAUAAGUGUUGUUAGCAAAUGUGUUAUCAACGAGAUACUAGAUGCAUGGGAGUUGACUACAUAUGUUGUGGCUAAGAUCGAUAGAAGAGAGAAGAAUUCUGAAGUGCGCUGUGAGAUGAAGGAAGGUUCUUUGUACAGGAUCAGUUGUUCUUGUCGUAAGCUGGAAUGCUUGGGAACACCUUGCUCUCACAUAUUCUACAUCUUGGGAAUACGUCAAGUGGAACUGCUGCCUAGGUGUUGUGUUCCCAUGAGGUGGACGAUGAGUGCGAAGUCUGCAUUCCCUCCGACCAGAAAGAGCGAGAUGUAUGACUAUUCGGCAAGCCUUGUGAGGUACCGUGAGUUGCGGAAUUUGAGUCACGCGGCAUGUUUCCGGGCAUGUCAAUCUAGUGAGGAGUAUCAGCAUCUGAAGAUGGUUCUGAGUGAACAAGAUGGCAGCAAGGAAUCAAGCCGUGGUGAGGAAGAAUGCAUUAGAUUUGGUCCGGUGCUGCCACAGACCACGGAAAUUGAUUGUGGAGAUUUGGAAAAAGUUCUGGACCCAGUGCAUGUGCAAGGCCGAGGUGCACCGAAGAAAAGGCUGCAGGCAAAGAUGAAGAAGCAAAGAUCAAAGAGGAAAUGUGGCUACUGUGGGGUGGAAGGUCAUAAUCGGCGUAAAUGCAAUAAAUUGAAAGAGGAAAUGAUGGCAGCAAACUGUUAGCUACAGCUCUCUGUACAAGGCCAUUGGCAAAAUGGACACAGCUGUUGAGCCUC